UCACUUAAUCAUGACUUGUUGUUCGUCGCUUGCAGGUGAAUUAAGGAAAUCCAAUAAUAACAAGUUGUCUUCCUCUGCUCACAGGGAUUUCGCGCUCGAAUGAUGCUCAAAAAAUGAAACCAGAAUGAUCUUCGUCGAAUCGAUCAUAUCAAAAUCCCGAUUGUAUGGUACCCAUGUGAUGAAAUUCGGAUCGGAGGAACAUUACUGUGUAAAUCAUUCGAUUUGUGAACUUGAGUUUUCCGGCAUUGCGAAGUAGAAAAAAAGCCCUAGAAUUCGGGGGAAGUCAGAUAUGGAUGCCAAGGAUAUCUUGGGGUUGCCCAAAAACACGCUGCCUUUGUCCCAAGAGAAGAAGCCUAGGGCUCAGAAAGAUGCCCAGAGAAAGCGAGAUGGAAUUUCUCGGGAGGUUUAUGCGCUUACUGGUGGUCUUGCGCCUAUUAUGCCGGCAAUCGAUACAUCCGAGCUGAAGAAGCGACCUCCAUCAGAUGAGAAGAUUACAUGGCAAUGGCUUCCUUUUUCAAACUCUGCUAGAAAGGAUAAUUUGCAGCUUUACCACUGGGUUCGAGUUGUAAAUGGCAUUCCACCAAUAGGUGACUAUUCCUUUGCAAAGUACAACAAGUCUGUUGAAGUUGUCAAAUACACAGAUGAGGAGUACGAGAAGUUUUUAAAAGACCCUUCAUGGACAAAGGAGGAGACAGAUCAAUUAUUUGACUUGUGCGAAAGGUUCGAUCUUCGCUUUGUUGUGAUAGCUGACAGGUUUCCAUCAACAAGGACAGUGGAGGAACUGAAGGAGCGAUAUUAUCAUGCAUCAAAAGCAAUUUUGGGUGCUAGAGGACCAACAUCUCGGGAGGGUUCGGGGAAUACUCCUGCCAAGGAUCCUUUCAAUGUCUCACAAGAGAUCGACCGCAAACGGGCAUUGUCCAUGGUUCUCUCUCAAACAAAACAGAAAGAACGAAAAGAUGCAGAGGUUCUUGCUGAAGCAAAAAAGAUAAUCGAAUCACGCAAAGCUGAAAGAGUGGCUGAAGAAUCUAAGUUGGCUGUCACUUCAAAUACUGUCCCAGAAGUUACUGAAAGGGCCGUUGUUCCUGGAGAGUCUGUAGCAUCUGUAUCCAAUGUGCAGCCUCCACCUCCAGCAGCUGUACCUUCAACUGUAGUAGCAGAUAAUGCUUCUACUCUAGCUUCUCUUCGCAUGCUUCCUGUAUACUUGAGAACAUAUGCACUCGAGCAAAUGGUACAUGCUGCAAGCUCAUCUGCCGGCCUUAGGACUAUCAAACGAGUCGAACAGACCCUACAAGAUCUUUCGGUUAAUCUAAAACCCAGGGUUCCAACAAAAGCCGUGUGUGCAGAGCAUCUUGAAUUAAGAAAAGAAAUAUUGACACUGCUGAAUCUUCAAAAGCAGUUGCAAAAUAAGGAGGCAGAAGGUUCUUCUUUCCGUGAGAGUCCGUACAGCGAGGCACCUGGCACACCUAAGGAUCGUGCUUUUAUUGCUGAUUCUAUGAAUUUUGGAGGUAAAUGGGUUCGAUUCUUUCAGAAGUCAACGGGAGAAAAUCUGGGAGAUCACUUUGUUUAUACAUAUUGUGGGAAAGGUUUGUUAAACGGGACCAAAAACGAAAGGCCACUGGAAGAUUAUCUGAAGCUCCAUCAUCACCAGCUCAAUCUAAUAAAAGGCCAAGAAAACAGAAGGGAUCCGAUCUGUGAUCCUCCAGUGGUAUGCAUCUAAAAGGCUAAUGCUGGAGCAGGCAGCUUUCCAUGAUGCCCUUUUGGAGCAUCAUUAUCUGAUUGAUUAAGGAUGUUGUGAUGAACGUUGAUACUGGUUAAGAGACUCGAUUUUCAUGGUCGUCUCUGCAAUCGGGUUAACAACUGUCUGUUUAGUUCAUUUAUCUUCAUCACGAAGGCAAAGCUCUGGUUUUCUUACAUCUACUCGCUAGUUUGGUCUUUCUUUUGUUGGCAGAGUUAGCAGGAUAGUUCUUCUUAUAUGAUGGUGUAUUACAUGUAAAUCUAGCCAGAAACGAGGAAAAUUAACUCUUUUUUAUACACUACUUUCAUUUUGUGUAUUAGUUUUUGUUCUUCAACCUACUUUUUUAGUAGAUGUAAAAGAAUCAUGAUGUAAUUUUCUUUUCUAUUGUUGACAAGUAACGUAAUA